AGUAGUAAUAGUAGUAAGUAGUAAUUAAUUUAGUGAUAAUAAUAAUGGGGCAUCUACAGAGACAGGUUUAUCUUCACAUAUUAAAAGAGCAAGAAUUGGAGGAGAACAUUUUAAAAAUGAUGCUCUCAGAUGGAGGUAAUCCAAAAAAGAGUAAAACUGAUGAACUGUAUGUGAAUAGGGUUGAAGAAGGAUACCAAACCAAUUUAAUAAGUAAAUAUAUGGUUGAUAAUGAGACCAAGUUUCAUAGUUUCUUUCGCGUAACAAAGAACCAGUUCCAUUAAUUUCUUGUUAUGUGCUAUUAAGGAAGACAUAAAGAAAUCUCCUACAAGAAUGGUAAAGAGAGUGAUAACACCAGAAGAAAAACUUGGUGUCACAUUAAGCAAGAAAUAAUGGAUUCUAUCUACCAAUCUACUACUUCAAGGAGCCUUCAAUCGACUUCAACAAGUUCUGAAUUUGUCUCAGGAGCCUGCCACCUCUGCAGCAAAAUAUUUAAAAAUGUAAAAUUACGAAAUCGUCAUAUCAAAAGAAUACAUAAAAUAGAUGUAUCAAUUAAGAAAAUUGAUCAUAUUGUUUGUCCGUUAUGUGAGCAAGAAACUAGUUUACAAACCCAUGAGAACUUAAGAAAACAUAUUAAGGAGAAUCACCAGGUGAGUAUUGAACUAAUAACUUUGGAAUUUUCUAGCAAACAAGAAUAUGAGACAUGGAAAGAUAUGCAGAAAAUUGAGACCAGUUAUGCAACAUCUCGAACAGUUAAUGCAAAGGAACACAAGAUCUUAUACUAUGAGUGUAACAGAAGUGACACAUAUGGAUAUAAGCCCCACUCUAAAAUUAGGACAGAGAAAUCUGGUGGAUCAAUUAAAAUUAAAGGGGUGUGUCCCUCCAGACUAAUUUGUAAACUGACAAAUCAAGGACAAGUUUCGGUCAGUUAUUGGAAAACACAUGCUGGACAUAAAGAAGAAUUAAGAGCCAUACAUCUGUCAAAAGCAGAAGAAAAAACGAUUGAAGAAAAAUUAAUGGCUGGGGUGCCACCCAGUAGAAUUGUACAAGAUUCAAGAAAAUUGGAAAAACCACAACUAGAUAGACUUGCCCUAUUAACAAGUCAAGAUCUCGCAAAUUUAUCCAAGAAGUAUAAUGUACACAAGAAACGAGAUCAAAAUGAUAUGGUAGCAACAACCUUAAAGGUUCAGGAAUGGAAUGCUAACAACAAGAAUUAUGCUUUCUUAUUUAAGAAAGAAGGAGAAGAACAUGAUGUGCUGAGAAAGGAAGAUUUUGCUAUAGGAUUCAUGAACAAGAUAAUGGAAGAUAAAUUACGAAAAUUCCCGAAGAUAAUUUGUAUGGACGGCACACAUGGAACCAACAAGAGACAGAUGGACUUGACGAUAAUGCUGGUGAAGGAUGAUAGGAAUGCAGGAUUUCCGGUUGCAUUCCUGCUGUCCAACAGAUUGGACCAGCAGGUUCAAGAAGUUUUUUUUAUAAAGCAGUGACAAUUUAUGACUGGUAUUACUUAAAGGAUCUAAAGAGAAUAAAAAUGUGGGCCCAUUGUUACAGAAGAAAUUCCGGAAUUAACACCAACAUGGCAAUAGAAUCAUUGAACAACCUACUGAAGACAAACUACCUAAAGAGGAAUGGAAGAGUGGGAAUCGAGAAGUUAUUGGAUACGAUUGAUGAGCUAGUGGAGACAAAAAUGUGGAAGAGAAUUGUGG